AUGUGUUUGUCAUCGAAAGACACAAAUCUUCUCCUAAAUUUUCUUAAUGAAGAUACGUGUGGUUCAUCGUUAACAUUCGAACAAAUCUCUGCUCAAUUUCAACAUAACAUUUCAAAAUCAGAUUAUUUGCGAGUGGGUAAUGCGCUCGUACUUCUACUACAAAAUCGCGAUCUAAUCCCAACACCACAACAACGUCUAAUCAUUCUAUUUCUUUUUAAUGAUAUGUACAAAACUGAACAACAAGCCAUACACCUCAAUCCAUUCGCGCCCGUCUUUGUAUCCAUAUUACAAAAUGCCAAUGGAGAACAUUUGUCAACACAAAAACACGUUCACCGGUUUAUAUCACCUGUAACACUACAUGAACGAUUAUUUGUGAAAACACUAAUCGAUAAUAGUAAUAAUCUCAAAGACCUGACGAAGAAAACACCGAAUCAAAUCCUUCAAGCAGGACUGCCAACGUCUGAUAGUGAUCUCGGUAGAGAAGAGUUGAAAGAAAAAGUUCACGAACGAUCAAAACAAUUGCCUGUCCUUGUUCAGUGUCAUUUACCAGCUGUCAUUGAUGAUCCAGAAAUCAAUCAUUACGGAUUCGAUAGUCUUAUUAGUGGACCACGUCAACGUCCGAAUGAUAGUCGACAAACGAUUGAACGUUUACUGACUAGCAACGCUAUGGAACAAACGAUACGCCCGGAAUUUCUUCGUCUUGUGCCUCCAUUACAUGAGUGUACUAUAGAUGAAUUAGUUUGGCUUUCACCUAUCGAUCAGGAUCCGUUUCUCUUUACUUGGGACUCGAGAAUGUGUAUUGCAAAUACGGGUAAUCAUGAAAUUCGUCAGUUAAUGGAAAAAGCAUAUCAAGGUGCUUUGAAUCUACAACAACAACAAAAAUUGUUGGAUGAACUCGAUAACGAUCCCAAUCUUGUCUACCAUAUUGGUCUGGUGCCAUCGAAAUUAUCAAUCCUAGUCGAAAAUAGUCCAUUGAUCAGCAUACAAUGCUUGUUGAAACUAAUCUCGUCGAACCAAAUGCCUGAAUAUUUGUCUUCGUUGCUCAAUACGAACAUGAGUUUGCAUUCUAUGGAAGUUGUGAACCGUUUAUCAACAACAAUGGAAUUGCCACAAGAGUUUCUUCAACUAUACAUUACAAAAUGUACGAAAACCUGUGAUGAAACAAAAGAUAAAUAUCUUCAAAAUCGUUUCGUUCGACUUGUUAGUGUCUUCAUUCAAUCAUUAAUACGUAACAAAGUUAUUGACAUCAAUGAUCUUCUUGUGGACAUUCAAGGUUUUUGUAUUAACUUCCGUCAUAUACGAGAAGCAGGUACACUCUUUCAAUUGGUCAAAUCAUUUGAACUUCAAACUAAUGAUACGAACGAGACAAUGAUUCCGCCAGCAACAACAAUUUCGACACAGUUGACAGCAAAUGAUGAAUGA